UCACAUGCAACCGUGGGCUCGAGGUUUCAGUUGCGUUACAAACUUCAGUUGCACGAUACCACGUGGUGUUUUGACGGCCGCAUAGUGUCUAUUUCAACAUGAGUGAUCAAGAACUCAACAUUAAGCUCGUUGGAGCAGUGGAGAAGUAUGAAGUUCUGUACAACUACAAACUCCCAGAAUAUACAAGGAAAGAUGUGACGGAGAAAGCAUGGAAAGAAGUGUCUGCUGAAGUGAAUAUGCCAGUGCAAGAUUGCAAAGAGAAGUGGAGAAAUCUACGAACAGUGUUCAUGAGAAGAAUGAAACCUUCGCCUAGUGGUUCUGGAAGGAACAAAAGGGCAUAUUAUUUGGAAAAUGCAAUGCAGUUUUGUCUGCCAUUCAUGAAAACAAUGAUUCCCCCUUCACCAGGAAAUUUGCCUGCACCACCCAGCACUACCCAGUUUUCAACUCGUGAUAUUGAAGGUUCUGAAACUCAAGUUGAAGAUCCCACCCAACUUGAAUUUGAAUGUGAAGUUGAACAACACAAUUCCCAAGAAAUGUCUCCCUCAACUGCUCCUCCUCAACACUUCAUUGAAACAACCUCUGGAAGUUUAUCGUCAAAGAGGACUUUCCAAAUCACGAAGGAAAAAAACAAAAUCUUGGCAUCCAAAGCGGAUCAAACAGUAGCUGAAUACUUCAGAGCCAAAAAGGCUAAAUUACUAUCAAACGCUGAGGCAGAUACCAGCUAUCAGCAGAUUGAUAGACAACAGGCGAUUAAGAUGUUUCUGCUCAGUUUGAUACCAGAAUUGGAAGAAUUGAGUGAUUCACAAAUCAAGCUUUUCAAACGACACGUGUUAAGGUUGAUUGAUGACAUUUCACUCUCGGAACACGGUCGUCAUCAGGUCUAACAAUACUCACCUCUCCAACAAUGUCCAACUCAAGACAGUCACAAAUGAACAUUACUCACAUGUCCAAUGUAGUUGAUCAAAUGCAAAAUGCAGAUUUUUAUUACAUGUUUUCUGGUAGCCUUCAGAACAUAAAUAUGUAAACACUUCUACUCAAUUUAUAUGGUUAUCAUCUAUUGAUCAUCUUAUUACCUGUAUAUGCUAAUGUAAUUAUAAAAUGACAAUGAAGUUGACUUGUUAAACUUA